GGUCAGUUAUAUUAAUCUUUGCACUGCAACCUCCAAUGGGUCCCUUUUACUCUUCAAACCUGUUGGCGAUAGCCUACACUUGACCUUCUCACACUCUUGGGCCCUAGGGUUGGGUGCUUAGGUGGGUUUGGGAAGGAGGAGAAGCCCAAUGCCUGUCUGCAGUACUUUACAGGCUGGUUUUGUCUGGGUAGUUUGGAGCCUAUGCUUACCCUGUGUGUCAUUAUUUGGCUGUCUAAAUACCUCCAGGAGGAAAGUGGAGGGAGCAUUUCAUCAAGCCAGGCUGGCUCGGUGGUUCACUGCCCCAUGAAGAGUCUUCAGUGGUUGUGAAUAAAGGGGAGGAAUUAAGGCUGAGGUGCAAUGAGGAGGGACCCGUGACUUGGAAUUUCCAGAACUCAGACCCAUCGGCAAAAGCAAGGAGUUCUAAUGAGAAAGAGUGGUACACCAAAAAUGCAACAGUCAGAGACAUAGGCAGAUACAUAUGCAGAAGCAAAGGGAAUAUUGUUACCUCUUUUUAUGUUUUUGUUAAAGAUCCAAAUGUGCUCUUCCUUGUUGAUUCUCUGAUUUACGGAAAAGAAGACAGUGACAUCCUGCUAGUGUGCCCACUAACAGAUCCAAAUAUUACGAAUUUCACACUGAGAAAAUGUGACAGCAAACGUCUCCCAAAAAACAUGACAUUCAUUCCCAACCCCCAGAAAGGCAUCAUUAUAAAGAACGUCCAGAGGUCAUUUAAGGGCUGCUACCAGUGCUUGGCCAAGCACAAUGGAGUUGAGAAGAUGUCAGAGAACAUUUACCUGACUGUGAGACCAGUUCACAAAACUCUUCCUGUCAUCACCUUAUCGAAAAGCUAUGAGCUUCUCAAAGAAGGGGAAGAAUUUGAAGUUACAUGCAUAAUCACGGAUGUGGAUAGCAGCGUACAAGCUAGUUGGAUUUCUCACAAAAGUGGGAUUGUUACAAGCAAAAGCAGAAAUUUGGGUGAUUAUGGAUACGAAAGGAAAUUAACAUUGAACAUCCGUUCAGUGGGAGUUAAUGAUUCUGGAGAAUUCAUAUGCCAAGCAGAAAACCCUUUCGGAAAAACCAAUGCCACAGUAACCUUGAAAGCACUAGCUAAAGGAUUUGUCCGUUUGUUUGCAACAAUGAAUACCACAAUAGAUAUAAAUGCAGGACAAAAUGGAAACUUAACAGUUGAAUAUGACGCAUAUCCAAAACCGAAGGAAGAAGUCUGGAUGUUCAUGAAUGAAACAUUACAGAAUUCCUCAGACCAUAAUGUCAAGUUCAGGAGCGUGGGUAAUAACAGUUAUACAAGUGAACUUCACCUUACACGAUUAAAAGGAACAGAAGGAGGCAUUUACACAUUUUUUGUGUCCAAUUCUGAUGCCAGCUCCUCUGUAACAUUUAAUGUCUAUGUGAAAACAAAACCGGAAAUUCUCACUCUGGAUAUACUUGGCAAUGGUGUCCUUCAGUGCGUAGCAGCUGGAUUCCCAGCCCCUACCAUAUACUGGUAUUUUAGCCCAGGAACUGAGCAGAGGUGUUUUGAUUCACCGACAAUAUCUCCCAUGCUUAUCAAAAGUGGUUACACGAAUUCAUCAGUGCCAUCAUUUGAACGAAUCCGGGUUGAAAGCACAAUUAACACCAGCGUGUUCAGGAGCACUGGCACCGUGUGCUGCGAGGCCUCCAGCAAUGGGGACAGGAGCUCUGCUUUCUUCAACUUUGCUAUUAAAGAGAAAAUCCGUACCCAUACCCUUUUCACCCCUUUACUAACUGCAUUUGGAGUCGCUGCAGGACUGAUGUGCAUCAUAGUCAUGAUCCUGGUGUAUGUAUAUUUGCAGAAACCCAAAUACGAAGUUCAGUGGAAAGUUGUUGAGGAAAUAAAUGGAAACAACUAUGUUUACAUAGACCCAACACAACUUCCUUAUGAUCACAAGUGGGAAUUUCCAAGAAACCGUUUGAGUUUUGGUAAAACCCUUGGUGCUGGAGCUUUUGGAAAAGUUGUUGAAGCCACUGCUUAUGGUUUAUUUAAAUCUGAUGCUGCUAUGACAGUAGCAGUAAAGAUGUUGAAAACAAGUGCCCAUUUAACAGAAAGAGAAGCCUUGAUGUCAGAGCUUAAAGUGCUGAGUUACCUUGGAAACCACAUUAAUAUUGUGAAUCUGCUUGGAGCUUGCACUAUUGGAGGUCCCACUCUGGUCAUUACAGAAUAUUGCUGCUAUGGUGAUCUUUUAAAUUUUCUGAGACGGAAGCGAGAUUCAUUUAUUUGCCCAAAACAUGAAGAACACGCAGAUACAGCAGUUUAUGAGAACCUUUUGCAUCAGGCAGAGCCUGCAGCUGAUGCUGCCAAUGAGUACAUGGACAUGAAACCAGGAGUGUCAUAUGCAGUCCCACCAAAGGCUGAUAAGAAACGACCUGUGAAGUCCGGAUCCUACACUGAUCAGGAUGUUACCCUUUCUAUGCCGGAAGAUGAUGAACUUGCUCUAGAUGUUGAAGAUCUGCUAAGCUUUUCUUACCAGGUGGCAAAGGGCAUGAGCUUCCUUGCCUCCAAAAAUUGCAUUCACAGGGAUCUGGCCGCAAGAAAUAUUCUUCUAACUCAUGGUCGAAUCACAAAAAUCUGUGAUUUUGGCCUGGCAAGAGAUAUAAGAAAUGACUCAAAUUAUGUGGUCAAAGGAAAUGCUCGUCUUCCUGUGAAGUGGAUGGCACCCGAAAGUAUUUUCAAUUGUGUCUACACCUUUGAGAGUGACGUGUGGUCUUACGGGAUAUUGCUUUGGGAGCUCUUUUCUUUAGGAAGCAGCCCUUAUCCAGGGAUACCUGUGGACUCCAAGUUCUAUAAAAUGAUCAAGGAGGGAUACAGGAUGUUUAGCCCUGAGUGUGCACCGCCUGAAAUGUAUGACAUAAUGAAGAGCUGCUGGGAUGCUGAUCCUUUACAAAGACCCACAUUUAAACAAAUUGUACAGAUGAUAGAGCAGCAGCUUUCAGAUAAUGCCCCCCGGGUUUAUGCCAACUUCUCAACCCCACCUUCCAGUCAAGGAAACGCUCCAGAUCACUCAGUGAGGAUUAACUCAGUGGGUAGCAGUGCUUCAUCUACUCAGCCUCUCCUGGUACGCGAAGAUGUUUGAGUGGCUCCUCUGAAGAAGAGGAGCUCAGAGCUGUUUGUAUUGUGCAGGGGGUGAGAGAGGAACGACUUCAAUAUUUUCUCUUACUUUUACUCACUACUACCACUGUGUAGCUGAAACAUUGUUGUAAUACUGUCCUUUACCAUGCACUGUUACACAUAAACUUAAUCUGCUGAGCACGGUUACAGGCAUCAUUACAGUGUUAACUGAAGCUGUAUAUAUUUUGCUGUGUUGUGUGUAUUUGCAGUAGAGAGCCAGAUGUGAAGGAAAAACCAACCAACAAAAGAAAUCCUGAGCCAGGAUAUGGAAUGAGAUGAAUGUAGAUCAAACCAAAUCUGCAGUGAUCCUUCUCUGGAUCUGUGCCUGGAAUGCGUACAGUCAUUUUCUAGUUAAUCUUGUUUUGCUGAAUUUAAGAAAUAAACAAAUAUUAAGUUAAUGGCUUUGCAAACCCCUUUCCACGUCCAGCCAAGCCCGAGAAGCUUUCCCUGGCAGGUAUCAUAGAUUGGAGGCCGGUGAGGGCACUGUAUGUACCUGAGAAAGAGGGGUGAAUGGACCAAGACCCUUCCAAAGUUCAUCUGCACAGCUGGAAACCCUCCUGGGAGGUCUGGGGUUUGAACCAGAGGAGAAGGGAAAAAGAGUAUGGAUCUUCAUCUUUUUUUCCCACCUGCACUGUCAGCCUUGCAAACCACUUGCAAGAUUUCCAUGGAUAUAUGCACUACUUCCCACUGGCGCAUUCCCUGCCGGGAUAAAGCUGCCCAUCAUUGGGUCUCACUCCACCGUGGAGGCUGAACCAUUCCUGUGCCCUCCUGUCUUGAGAGCCCAAGGGCUUUGAUGUUUGUUUUGCUAAUAGUUAUGUCUAAAAGUGUUCACCAAAGAUUAGUGGCCCUGCCAAAUUGGUCAAAAUAGAGGAGGAGGGCUGCUUCCAAUAAACUGUGUGUUUGGAGGAGAGGCCGUUUAACGAGUCAUCUUAUCUAAGUCAGAGCAGAGCCAAAAAUUUCUCUCCUGGGGGCCCUUUCUUUAUCUUGUCCUACUGAGGUGAAUUCUUCCCACAGGCAGUCUUGGAUGGUGCUAACUGGAAAGGGCUAUUUUCCCCACCCUGAGUUGUUUGAUCUUUCCAUGGUAGUCCAGAGAGGGUAAUAAGGAAGAGUCUAACUGGGGAGUGCUGAAUUUAUAAAUGGGAUAAAAGAAAGAAUCCCUUCAGUUUUCCUUGACACACAGGAGGCUUUGGGGUCAGCAUCUGUUGAGCCCAGGGUUGGGCUCAAGUAUUUUCUAACCCCUUUUAUUCUCAUCAGGAGCACUGCUAGUUCUUUUCUUCCUUUGUUUCUGACCCCUAGAAAUAUGUAUUGGCAUUGAGAGAAGCAUUCAUCAGAGGCAGAGUACUAGUUGAGUACCUAUUUAUUUACAAUGCACUUAAGCACUCUGUAACUUUUACUUUACCAGGAUUUUGGUUGAGUUUACAUGCAAUUCAAAUGUAUAACUAACUGCCCAAAUACAAGGUAAAUACACACACUGGUGGUAUAUUUUGGGUUACAUCGAAUACCACGCUCCUCCUAUGACUGUGCAUUUGGUUUAUUGUUACAGAAAUCUGUCUUUCAGAGUUUAGUCAAAAAUUAGCCAUUUGCACUGAACUUAGGCUGUUGCACCUUUCCAAAGUUAGCCAUUUGUUUGGAUGCACUCUUGUGCAUACUUGUUGAGCAUUUUCAGUUUAAUGCUAUAAAAGCUCUUUUGUAACGUGUUGGCUUUCAGAGCAAUUGUAGACAAACUAGUUGUUAUAGAUGUCUCGGUACUUUACAGACACUUAGCUGAAAGAGGUUUGGGUUUUUUUCGUUCUUGAAAUUUAUAUUUUUAUAAUUUUGGGGUUUUUGAAACUUAUUUUGCAAUGGCUUGGUGUUUUGAAUGGGUUUAUGCAUUGUUUUUGUAAAUAUGGAAAUGUAGCAAUAAUGUCCUUUUGACUAUUCUCAGUCUUUGAGUCUCAAAAAUAUUUUUAUAUAUAUAUAUAUGCAAAAGCUAUAUGUAUAAAAAUGUGUUUGAAAGUUUAUUAAACACUUAUGGAUAUGUUGCUCAGUUGUAGAAUUGCAGUUCAGAAAAGUUCAAAUAAAUCUGUAAAUACAUAUUCAAAUGCUACUGAUGUGUACCUAUGUUAAGAUGGACUAUUUUCAUGUAAGUCUUAAUAAAUUCUUGGGGUGAAG